GCGCCGCCGAACUGCCACGUUGGGCUGGGCUGCGGCUCGGGAGCCGGCUCGGGACGCCGGUCUGGGCGCUCGCGCCGUGGCGCCGGCCGUUGAGACCGUUGGGCGGCGCGAGGCGCUUCGGGAAGCCGGAGGGCGGCUGUGGGCUGGCAGCGCGGCGGAGCCUGGGCGGCGGCGGCGGCGGCGCGUCCCGCUCGAGCGCGGCUCUGGCUGAGGGCGGCGCGGCGGGCGCGGAGCCGGGGGCAGCGGCUGAGGCGGGACGGCGGCGGCGGGGGCCGCUGCCUCCGGGGGAACCGGCCGAGAUGCUGGCGGGGAACGUGGUGGAGGACUUCGAGAUGAAGGACGACGAGCGCUGGUACGACCCCCGGGACCUGCAGCAAGAUCUCCAGCUUGCUGCUGAGCUUGGGAAGACAUUACUGGACCGGAACACGGAGCUGGAGGAUUCUCUUCAGCAGAUGUACGUGACCAAUCAGGAGCAGUUGCAGGAAAUUGAGUAUCUGACUAAGCAGGUGGAGCUUCUGCGGCAGAUGAAUGAACAGCACGCGAAGGUGUACGAGCAGCUAGAUGUCACGGCAAGGGAGCUGGAAGAAACGAAUCAAAGGCUAGUCGCUGAAAGCAGGUCUUCCCAGCAGAAGAUUGUGAGUCUGACUGAAACAAUCGAAUGCCUGCAAGCCAACAUCGACCACCUCCAGACCCAGGUGGAGGAGCUGAAGACAUCCGGCCCAGGGAGGAGGAGCCAGGGAAAGACUGAGCAGGAGAGACCGGCCCCCAGCUUCUCCGGUCUGAAAGAGCUCUACGACCUCCGCCAACACUUUGUGUAUGAUCACGUGUUCGCCGAGAAGAUCACGUCCCUGCAGAAUGAGCAGAGCCCGGAUGAGGAAGAAAAUGAGCAUCUGAAGAAAGCAGUGUCCAUGCUGCAGGCCCAGCUGAGCCAGGAGCGGCAGCGGCGGGCGCGGGCGGAGGAGGAGUACGGGCUGGUGCUGCGGGAGAACGGCGAGCUGGAGCAGCAGCUGGGGGCCUCGGGCGCCUUCCGGGCCCGGGCGCAGGAGCUGGAGGCCGAGGUGGCCGAGCUGCGGCAGAUGCUGCAGGCAGAGCACCCUGUGGUCAACGGGCUGGAGAAGCUGGUGCCGGACUCCCUGUUCAUCCCCUUCAGGGAGCCCAGCCAGAGCCUGCUGGAGGAGCUGGCCCUGGCGGUGCCCGAGGCGCCCGGGAAGCCGCUCACGCGCAGCACCAGCGACACGGUGCUGAGCAGCCUGGCGGGGAGCGACAUCGUGAGGGGCCACGAGGAGACCUGCAUCCGCAGGGCCAAGGCCGUGAAGCAGAGGGGCGUCUCGCUUCUGCACGAGGUGGACACGCAGUACAGCGCCCUGAAGGUGAAGUACGAGGAGCUGCUCAGGAGGUGCCAGCAGGAAGAGGACUGCCUGUCCCACAAGGCCGUGCAGACCUCCAGGACCCUGGCGAAGGACCCGGCCGCCCUGAGCUUCCGGCCGGAGCCGGUCGACGUCUCCCCCGAGCCCGUCGCUUCCCCCACCACCCCACAUUCCCCUGAGUACAAAGCGCUUUUUAAGGAGAUCUUUAGUUGCAUCAACAAAACGAAGCAGGAAAUCGAUGAGCAGAGAACAAAAUACCGGUCCCUGUCCUCGCAGUGUAACUGAACCUCCAGCCCUACUACUGAUUACCUCUCACUUCGCUCUCCCUGACCCUCAGGCAAGUGUUUGUGCACCCAAUGUCGCUCGUGUCACUUGCUGCAUUGCUUUGCUUCUGUCACCGGGUUCCGUUCAAGCUCCUCAGGAAACAAGCCAGGCCAACCUCUGCAGACUGCAGUGCCUUGGAAAGGCCCAGAGGCGGCAGAGGGAAGACCUGUGUUCCUGGGGUCACCGUAGAAUGCACCCUGCGUAUCACGGACAGCACGCAGGGAGAAAGGGCAGAGUUGAAACACAGCUAAGGCAGUUCCUACUGCUUCCUUGCUUAAUUCUCAAAACUAUGUAGAAAUCUCUUCCACAAACACUGGCUGGAUACUGUGAAUUCAUUAAGAAGAAUGUUCUAAGGGAAAGCAGGGGUCUAAUCCAAAAUAAAUGGCAAUAGCAAAUACUUCAGUCCGUCAAGUUUGGUUCCAUCUGCCACUGCUCGAUCUGUGGCAGCCACCUUCUAGACUCGGGCCCAGCUACACCCAGGCAAAGUCCGUGUGCCUGGUUACCUUGGCAGCUUGCGACCGAGCGGCCCUCUGCCCCCACAGAGGGUUUAACCUCAAGCUCCGGCACUCAGUCGGGUGUGGAGACCUUUCAGGCUUCCUUGAAACUAUCGGGAAGAGGACCCUCUGACUAGCUGGCCAGCCGGCACCCAACUGCUUGUACUCAGUUCCUGCCCCUCUACGUUGCUGACCUGCUGCAGAGGUUUCUGCCACUUCACUGAACAGUAUUGAUGUUCUGACUGUGGAAAUACACUGCUCCUCUCACCUGCAAACUUUUAAUUUAAAGCUAUUUAAGAGAAAGAACUGAGGUUCCAGUUAUUGUAUAUAUUUUUCUAAAUACUAAAUAAAGCUACCUAUGAAUAAGAA